AUGUUGUGUAUCAGUAUUGCCAACUCCUCAAUGCUAAGCGGUUGCGUUGGAACAGAUAAGAUUUCGUCAAGUGAAGAUGAGAAACUCUUCGGAGCCGUCUUCUCUGUGUCCGGCCCCGUUGUGGUCGCAGAUGGCAUGACAGGUGCUGCCAUGUACGAAUUGGUGCGUGUAGGUCACCAAGAGCUGGUAGGUGAGAUCAUUCGUCUCGAAGCCGACACAGCUACCAUCCAGGUAUACGAGGAAACCUCGGGUGUCACUGUAGGUGAUCCCGUAUUACGUACCGGAAAGCCCUUGUCAUGUGAGCUUGGACCAGGAAUCAUGGACAAUAUAUACGAUGGUAUCCAGCGUCCUCUGGAGACCAUUGCUACCCAAACAGACACCAUUUAUAUCCCUCGUGGUGUAAACACAAAUGCCCUAGAUCGCGAGAAAAUUUGGCACUUUGUACCCUCAGGCGUUAAAGCAGGCGAUCACGUGACUGGUGGAGAUGUCAUUGGUACCGUACAGGAGAACACUCUGGUCCUGCACAAGAUCAUCGUACCUCCCCGUGCCAAGGGUACCAUCUCAUUCGUGGCACCUGAGGGUGACUACAAUUUGACCGAGACGGUUAUGGAGGUCGAUUUCAACAAGAAGACACACAAGUUCCAGAUGUUCCAGGUAUGGCCCGUACGUUCACCCCGUCCCGUGGUCGACAAGAUGACGGCUGACUACCCUCUGCUGACCGGACAGCGUGUGCUGGACUGUCUGUUCCCCUGUGUGCAGGGUGGUACCACAGCCAUCCCCGGUGCUUUCGGGUGCGGAAAGACGGUGAUUUCUCAGGCCCUGUCCAAGUUCAGUAACUCCGAUGUGAUCAUCUACGUCGGGUGCGGUGAGCGUGGUAACGAAAUGGCUGAGGUGCUGAAGGACUUCCCAGAGCUCACCAUGACCUUCAACGGCAAGGAAGAGAGUAUCAUGAGACGUACCACACUCGUAGCCAACACCUCCAACAUGCCUGUAGCCGCCCGUGAGGCCUCCAUUUACACCGGAAUCACCCUGUCCGAGUACUUCCGUGAUAUGGGUUACAACGUCGCCAUGAUGGCUGACAGUACCUCUCGUUGGGCCGAGGCUCUGCGUGAGAUCUCCGGACGUCUGGCUGAGAUGCCUGCUGAUUCCGGAUAUCCGGCCUACCUGUCCUCACGUUUGGCCUCGUUCUACGAGCGUGCUGGUAAGGUGACCUGCAUUGGUAACCCCAAGCGUGAAGGGUCUGUCACGGUCGUUGGAGCCGUGUCACCCCCCGGAGGUGAUUUCUCUGAUCCCGUAACCGCGUCCACCCUGUCUAUUGUGCAGGUGUUCUGGGGAUUGGAUAAGAAGCUCGCCCAGCGCAAACAUUUCCCGUCCGUGAAUUGGCUGCUGUCCUAUUCCAAGUACACAAAGGCCCUCGAACCCUUCUACGAGAAGAUGGACCCCGAGUUCCUGCGCGUGCGCACCCAGUGUAAAGAGAUUCUCCAGGAGGAGGAAGAUCUGGCUGAGAUUGUGCAGUUGGUAGGUAAGAACUCGCUUGCCGAGGGCGACAAGAUCACCCUGGAGAUCGCCAAGCUCAUCAAGGACGAUUUCUUGCAGCAGAACGGUUACUCCUCGUACGAUCAGUACUGUCCCUUCUACAAGACCGUGGGUAUGUUGAAGAAUCUGAUGCAGUUCCGUGACUUGGCUCGCCACUCCGUCGAGGCCAGCGCCAACUCCGAGACAAAGAUCACGUGGGCUAUCAUUAGAGAUCAGUGCAGUGACAUUCUGAACCGACUUUCAUCACAGAAGUUCUUGGAACCUCAUGAUGGUGAGGAGAAGAACAAGGAGGUACUCGCCAAGCUAUCCUCAGACAUGGUCACAAAAUUCAGAAACCUAGAUGAUUAG